CAAUUAAAGGCGUACAGGCUUGCAUGUUACAUCUUUGAGAUAUCAUAUGAAUGUUCGCUGAGGGCAAGAGAUACAUUUGUUACCUUUUAUUCAUCACUAUUGGACACCUUAGUCACCGACGCUCCCACAAUUGGUUCAUUGGAUGCGAAAUAUAAAAAGCUCAACGAUUUCAAGCCAUCGAGAACCUCCAAAGCUGUAACCGAAGAAUCGUCGAGUGAAGUGAUGAUCCACGUGAAAGAGGCAGCUGGAAGACACAAUUUGGAUAGUCUUGUUAAGAUGAUCAAGAAGGAGAUCAAAGAGAAUUGGAGGGAACAAUAUAAGCAAAGGAAUCUUCCGAGUUACGAUAAAAGCCUUAAAAGUGAAUUGAAAGAUUACAUUGAAUGCUGCACCCGAUUUGCUUGGCGUCUUGUAAAUCAAGUGCCCCCUCUGAAGAUCGACUACAAGAGUUCAACUUACAAUUCCGCAAGUCAUAAUGAAAGCCAGGCAUUCUCGCCAUCUGCUUCACAACACCCGCCCGAACGUUGGGCCAGUGGGCAGGAACGUGCUAAAAUCGUUAAAUGUUACGUAUGGCCCACAUUACAUGAUUUUGAUGGCAGGGUAAUAGAGAAAGGAGAGGUCGUUUUGGCAGAACAAAGUGCUGGUUGCUUUGUCUCUUUCGUUUAGAAUGCAGUCUGUCAAUUUAGGAUAAACAAUACGCUAUAAUAAGAGACGAUACCAUGUACGUGGUUUUGACUUUAUUCGUGGAAUCAAACUUCUGAUGAUUCUCAGAUAAUAGUCGUUGCACGCAUUUAUCAUACAACGCGUGAAAUGUCCUUGUAUAUUAUCCGGGCAAAUCAAUAGAGACACUCGCUGAACAUUCAUGGCUUCCCUCCGAGAAUUCAGCCGCUUGCCAUGGACAACUGUCGGACAUGCGCAUGCGGAAAAAAAUAUUUUGCUUUCAACUGCACACGGGUAAUUUAAAACCUUAUAUUUGCUUGAAUGCAGCAACGUAAUACAAUGAAACCAGAAGGUAAUUGCUAUUGCUUGCUUCAAUUUCCAAGCUAGCACUAGUCCAUUUUUCAUAGUGGAUUAUUAGCCUAGUCUGAAAUGAGAGUUUGAAAACAAGUCAGUGUGGAAAUACCAAUAAACUAGUAAUAUUACA